AUGUACCAAGGAGAUGAGCAAGGCCAUGGUUAUGAGGGUGUAAACCUAUCUGAUCCCACAAUUUGUAAGAGAAUUCCAACAAUAACAAAAUUGUUGGAUCAUCUAACUGAAAAGCGCGUUCUUUUAAUACGGUCUCCACCAAUGGCAGGUAAAACAUCACUUGCACAACUUCUUGAGAAUUAUCUGUUGGAAGAACACACUGGAAUGAGAGUUUUUCGUGUAUCUCUGUUGUGGAUGCAGGAUGACAAUCCAGAAUGGACCUUUUCAGAUCGGUUUCAAUGGCUUAUGGGUGGUGUUGGUUGGCGCCGAUUUGUCUCUGAAUCUUCAGGUAUUGAAACCAUCUUAAUUGUAGAUGAAGUUCAGAAACUAUAUAAACCUGACACAGAAGAUUCUGUGCCACUUCAUGGUGGAAAAGAAUUUUGGGAUGCUUUUAAGGAUGUUCAGCAAUAUAGCAAGCUCCGUAUAGUAGCCUUUGCAUCAUAUGGGUAUUGUGGUGCCUAUGAUGCCAACUUACGCAAAGGUACUGUGAUGAAUGUGUCACCAUUUCAACUGAGUGAGCACAAUACAUGGGGGCUGGAAAAUAUGCGGUUUAUGUCAGAAGAAUUUACAGAAUAUGUUGGACGGUUCUGUGAGCAAAAACUAAAAUCCCUAUCAGCCCCUGACAAGAACAACCUUCUUUCUUAUAUUCGCAAGACCACAAGUUGUCAUCCCGGUCUAGUGGCAUUUGCAAUGGACAGGAUAUAUGAAAGAUUCUCUGCACAAAUAAAACAGAAUAUUGAUCCAUUAACUUUUGAAAAAAUAUAUAAAUAUCUCAAAUCUUAUGACUUUUAUGCAAGCCUAAUGAAUACACGAGCUGUCUAUGGCCUCAACGGAAUGACAGAUGAUGAGCAAAUGCUCACAGAUUGUGUCCUCUUUAGCCCAUCUGGAAUCAAUAUCCGUCCUGAAGCGAUUCCAAACAAAGGCCGCCUGAUAAAGACCAAUAUUCUCUCUGAUGUCAGCGAUGCUACCAGUCAUCAGUCAGCAACACAUAAAGUGCUCGAUUUUGCAGCACCGUUAAUUCGUCUUGCCUAUCUACAAAAUCGUGUGGGAUCUAUGCGACGAUCUGUUAUAACCCCUAAAACCUUCCGAGAAUUUUUGACAUUAGUAUUUGCUGGAAUGAACCCCAAAACGCUGCAAGUAUCCUUGGGAAUUGGAGUAGAUGGCCGUUUAUUAGAACGGGUAUGGCAAAUGGAAUUCUAUCGUGCAGCAACACAAGUCCUUCCUGCAAAUAUCUUUAUAUCAGUUGAUGUUGGAGCUGUCUUUGGUUCGAGUGGAUUUAUUGAUUUUUAUGUUGAUGAUGCAAGAGACUGGGCAAUCGAACUCUUACGGGAUGGAAAUGACGUCGAAGAACACUGUAGACGAUUUGAGGCUGACAAUGUAUAUGGCCCUAUUGUUAAAAUUGCAAAAGAGUAUGCCAUUAUUGAUAUUAGACAGUCACAGAAAGAGCUUCCACGUUCUCCCAAACGAGAAUUUAUACACGUCCAGUGUGCUAAAAAUUUUGAAUUUGUUAUUAUGAGGUUUGCAGAUGGGUCAAACAAGAAAGUAGCAUUAUUAGGAUCGGGAAUUAUGGAGGUGUUGGAUGCGGAAAAGAUACUAAAGUUAAAUAGUAACAGUGAGAUUUAG